GCGGUACUGACACACCCUCUGUAUCGAAGAUCAACGGGCACAGCAAAAGCUGCCUGAACACCUAACACGCCUGAGACUCGGCUACGCCUCAGCCACGCCUUCACCCACGCGUACCUUGCGCUUGAACACUGCUCCUGUUUGUGCGCAGACCAGCUGCCACUUUACCGCUUUCAAUCCUGAGGUGGAACCGCCCAUUGUUGCGCCCGGCGGUGCAGCGCCUAUAACAAAACCCCACUGCCCUGCUCCAAGACUACUCAUUGCUGUCUGUCGUCAAGGCUACUGGUAGUCGCAGGCCGUUCUAUCUUUUCUUCAUUUUCGCUUCUUUAAACCCUCUUCAUUCUUUAUCGACCGCGGGCUCGGUUUACUGCUCGUAUCCUUUCUUUAAUACCUCAUCAUGGGCAAGUUAAUCAAGAACCACUGGGCACGCCUAGUCGUCCUCACAGCCGCCGCUUAUCAAUUAGCCGCUGCACUCGAAGCCUUCUUCUGGCCGAAAAUCUUCUGGGACUUCCUUACCAAGAACCUCGACUCUGCCGUCAAGCCUUUCCCCGUGCUCCAAAUCAUCAACCUCAUCGUCGGCGUCGUCGCUCUCGCCUGGGGAGUGGCCAUUACCGCUCCUCGCCGGCACCGGUCUGCACCGAUCCAUUGAGGCCCGCCUAAUCUUCUACCCACUCUGUGCCCUCUGCGCACUGCUCCUCUACCAAGGCACAAACUCGGGUCUUUACUACAUCGUCGGCAUGAUCGCGUACUUCUGGGCCUACAGCGAGGGAGAAAUCGUCUGCCCGGAGCCAUGGACCCUGCCCAAGCGCGGCUCAACAGCACGGAAGAUCGGUGUAUAGAGAAGGAACCCUUCGCCCCAGUAUUUCGCUUCGACCAAUGUACGACUAUUUUACACAGAGACGACCAAUGUACGACCAGUUAAUUUCGAAUCUUACGUAUCAAGCGUCCCGACAAUUUCUUGCGCGUGCCAGUCACAAACAUCAAGCCCAAUUUGAAUGAAGAUUGCCAAGGGAAGCAAAGGAGAAAUGGUCGUUCAAGGAGUUUCAUUAGAAAGACCCAGGUGGCAAAGGACGAAACAGCAACUUUUUGGGGGAACUGUCAUCGAAUCACGAAAGCGAAUUCCGUACUUAUUUUAUUUUUAUCGCUCAAGAGCUGAGCAUACCAGAAGGAAAAAACACUCCC